GGCACACUAUGUAAUCCGGAGAUCGAACUGGUUUCCACAUCAUAUCGUGAUCUUCUUUCUUCCAUUCUUUCCUCCGUUGUUCUCAACCGCGCCACAUCACCGUCUCUGUUUCCGCUAUCGUUCUCUUUCUCUCUCCGAGGUUUGGACACUAAGGAAAAACCAAUUCUAGUGAAAUCAACAUGUAUUAUUAUUGUUGAUGGAAUUCCAAUCGAGACAAGUUAAAUCUAUGGCAAAGGAGAUACCUGAUGAUAUUUCUUUUACUAUUUUGUCGAAGCUGCCUCUCAAAUCUCUUAACCGAUUCACCUGCGUACACAAAUCAUGGGCUGGUUUACUUCAAAACCCUUAUUUCAUGACCAUUUUCCGCGCCAAUUUCCUAUCCAAGCAUCACUCUUAUUACAAUGAUACAUCUCUUCUCUUACAGCAGACACCGCAUCUCAUAGAUUAUCUCAUGGGUUGUGGCAGACCGCCGUAUUUGCUUUCAGGUGACAAGUUUCAGAAUAGGGUCAAAUUAGAUUGGCCUCUUCCAUUUCAAGUCGAUGACAGGUUCAUCGUCAUUUUGGGAUCGGGUAUUCAUGGCACAUUUUGUCUCAACCAAAGCAAGAAGUUUGUAUUGUGGAACCCAGCUACUGAGGAAUUCAGAAUUAUUCCUCCCAGCCCUCUUGACUCUCCACCUGAUCUGGGUGUUAUGAUUACUACUCCUCAUGGAUUUGGUUAUGACCCUGUUAGAGAUGACUUUAAGGUGAUUCGAGAAUUAGUAACUUUUCCAGAUUACACUGCCUUUGAAGAUGAUUGGCCAAUUGCCCCAGACCCAAGCAUCUUUUGGGAGAUAUAUAGCCUAAGAAGCAACUCUUGGAGGAAACUUGAUGCUCAUAUGCCUAUUAUUGUUGAGAGACCCGCCAAGUGCACUGACACGUACGUGAAUGGAGUGUGUCAUUGGUUGGGUAUUGUAGAUUUACAUGGUGAUGAAGAACAUUUGGCGUCAUUUAACUUGAGCAAUGAGGUUUUCCUUACAACACCCUUACCGUUUGAUCUGGGUGAUAGAUCGCUGCAGAAAUGCUUGGUGGUGUUAAAUGGGUCCAUUGCUGUGAUAUCAGAAUCUGCAGAAACAACUUUUCACAUUUCAAUUUUGGGUGAACUCGGUGUGAAGGAAUCGUGGACUAAACUUUUCACUAUUGGACCUUUGCCUUGGGUUGGGUUUCCUAUUGGGGUGGGGAAUAAGGGUGAUGUAUUCUUAAGAAAAGAAGAAAAAGGGGAACUAGCUUUGUUUGAUUUAAGUUCCCAGAUGCUCGAGGAUAUUGUCACUAAAGAGCAGUUAGAUAGUCAUCGAAUAAUAAUUUAUAAGGAAAGCCCUCUUCAGAUAGGACAAACAGAAUAUUGAUUGCUUUCACUGACUAUAUUUAUGAUGAUGGCUAUCAAGAUUUAUUACCAUGUUGAAUGUUAUGAAGCCAUUUGAUGGGUACUCAGAGUUAGUUAGUAGAUUAGUUAGUCAGUGAGAGAGGAAAUAUGAAUAAGAGUGAGUUAGAGAGUAUUAGUCAUCUUUUGAGAUCAUUGUUAUGGGAAUUGGGAGAGACCAGGUUCUCUCUCUAGUGCUUGUGUUUCUAUCAUCAUUUGUAUAUAAUUAGGCUAUUCAGUGAAUUCACUUGCCCUUAUCAUAUCUGCUAAACUGGGCUGCCUGGUGGUCUUGUGAUGUCUGGCCCAAUUACUUCUUCACUCACAUGAUGGAAGAUUCACGAGCAUGACAAAAGAUGACUGAAGAUGUCUAGCCCCAUGCAGACGCUGGCUGCUCCUCACCGUGGCUGCCAGCUUCACGACAAGAUGAUGUGCCUUACCAACUACACACGCAUCACGGAAGAUGACGCGCUCCUCACCGUCGUGACCAAUUCCCCACGAUUUGCUCUGUUGAGUAGGUGCGCUCAGUCCCAUCAAUGCGGAAUUGGAUUGUCAAGCACUCCUUUAGCCGGGUAUAUGUUUUGAAUGGAAAGAAAGUAUUUACUCAAUUGUCAUACGUGACAAGGGUUAUUUCAAAGUCUUCCCAUGAAAUGUACUUAUCAUCACAACAUUGCCAGCUACUUGAGAAUCACAGGAAUGAAAUUUUGGCUGAAUGUGAUAUUUGCAUAUCAGAGCUUGAGAGUUGAAAGUUCUUUUCUCUGUUGACAGUUUCUGCUACACUUGGGUGUUCUUUUUGCUUUUAGCCUUUGCAUUUAUGAUGUUGGGUGUAAAAAGCAAGGAAGAGAGAAAUUUUUAAUCUGAAUUUCAAAGAGGUUCAAUAGGAUGAAUCAACAACUGGUGAGCACCAAAGCAGAGUUUCAAUUUGGUAAAUUGAACCGGUAGUGACUCCUUUCUAUGGUUAUCCACCUCUAUUUUUAAGGCCCAAGUUUCCAUGGCAACCAGGAAUGCCAGAUGAUGAGUAUGAUUUAGAAAAUGCUUUCAAGAGAGCUGUGCCAUGGCUUGAAGGUGGCUUUGUCAUGAAGGAUGAAUUAAGUUCAGUCUUCGAUGUUUUUAGUUUGUUGCAAGUUAGUUAAUAUUGUUUUUCUUUUAACUUGCUUACUUUGAAUACUUAAGCAUGCAUUUUUCUUCAUUGCAAGUUGGUUAAUAGCUUUCUCUUAUUUCUGUUGAAUCAAUGGAUUUUUAUAUCAUUAACUAAAGAUAUGCUACUUAUUUUUACUGCUUGCUGAGUUACUGUGGUGUUUUGGUUGAAUGACUUCUGAUAAUUAUCUUAACUAAUUUCUCCGUUUAAGCAUACAAGUGGCAGAGUUUCACAUAAUAUGGCUUCAUUUGAAUGAGCUGAAGUUACCUUUGGACAUUCUCUUCAAUAAUAUUGAUGACAUUCAUUGUUUGGUGUUGCUUCCUACUGCAAUGUCCUGCUAUGCUUAUAUUUUUUAUGUGUCGACAGUAACACAUACCGAUGAUUAUUGUAGUACUUUCUUAGCCGAUUGUAACAGACAUCUCUAUAUGUUUUAAAUUUGAGUCUUCACUUUGGACAUCUCA